CAAAAAUGUUGAUUCCCAUAACAGAUUUUCGAUGGUAUGAAACUCUUUGUGAUUUAGAGUUGAUUGUGCCACUCCGCACUACCAAUGUAUCGAAUGCGGAUACAUUUGUCACGAGCCAAUAUAUAAAGAUCGUCAUUAAACCCUACAUCUUUGAAUGUGUACUGUACAAACCAAUCAAUGUAGAAGAAAGUACUUUAAAGUUAGUUGAUGGUACAGCUCAAUUUAAUCUGAGGAAAACUAACGCAGAACUAUGGAAUCAACUGAUAUCAGAUGAUAUGAAAGAUAAAAAGCGUUUAACACAAAUCAAACAGGAUGCUGUUGUGGAAUAUCAAGAGCGUGAAAGAAAUCGUAUUAAGGCGAAUAAAGAAAUGAAUAAGAAGGGUGAAAAAUAUGCUCUGGAACAAAUUAUGAAGUUGGAGGAUUUAACGCGUCAGAAAAUUAAGAUAGAAAAAGAGGAAGCGGGUAAACAAGCACUUGAAGAUUUUAUGAAUGCUCAUAAAGAGUCUGAAGAAGAGAAAAUUGAGCUUCAAAAUAAAAUUAAAGAAGCCCGACGAUUUGUUAAAGAACACAUGACCAAAAAUAUUCCCAAAGAGGAGAAAAUGAAAGCAGCUAACAGCAUUCCAAAUAAAUCUAUUUUUACUGAAAAAUCAAUUGAUUUACCUGUAAGGACUUCAUCGACAAUUGAAGUACAGUUUACUCCGAGAGUAUUUCCUACACCUGAAAGAGAAUCGAAUAAACAAGCUGAAGAGGAGUGGUUAAAUAAACAAGCUGAAUAUAGAAGAAAACUAUUAGAUCGAGUUGUACCCGAUGAUCUGUCCAAAAAUGAACUGGAUCCUAUUUGGUUGCGUAAAAAAGGAGAUUCAUUAUAUCAAGCUGGAGAUUAUGAAGCUGCAGUCGUUGCCUACACAGAAGCUAUAUCACAAAAUCCAAAAUUACAUUCGGCUUAUUCAAAUCGAGCUGCAUGUCAUCUUCAGUUACGUAAUUAUUUCAAAGCGCUGGAGGAUAGUUCAAUGGCAUUAGAUUUGUGUGUACCACCGGUAAUGCAGAAUUUAAAAUCACGUGUACGUGCACACAUUAGACGUGGGGCUGCAUUUUGUAACUUACAAAUGUAUAAAGAAGUCUACUGUAUAUUCAUUCUACUCUUAAACUGGUCAUUUUUAUCCAUGUAA